CAUGUUGCGUCAAAAUUGCACUUAAAUAUAAGUAAACGGCUGCGAGCAUGUUGGGUCGCGCCUGCCGCUCGCGCCAGUAACAAAAUGUGUUGCGCGAGCCGCACCAAGCUCUCUAUAGCCACAUUCACGUGUAGUAGUUGGAUCAUGGAGGAAGAAUGCUUGGGUGAAUUGAUUUGCGUCGUAAACAAGACAGAUUGCGAGAAAAGCAUCGCGACGACGGAUGCGGACUCUCAAGAAUGUACGGAGGGAUCCUCGGACAAAGAGUCGCUGUCGUCGGAUAAGCAGUCGCGGCGCACAUACGUGCUAGCGGCCGACAGCGGGAGUGACCCAGCAGCCUCACCCUCCCCUUCUCCCUCACCCACCCGCGCCCGUCCCGCCCUCCGCUACGAUGCCAUCUGUCUCAAGAGCACGUCCAACGUUAGCCAGAACCAGAAAUUCACCAUUGACGCCGCGGAGCCCAUUCAAGAGGAAGGAUUCGCAGACGCGAGCGACGAGCUGUCCGAGUGCCAAGCCGUCGACGAAAACCCGGACACCGCGCAACUACUUAUAGAAUACUCAUUGCACGCCCAGGAGACCUGUACCCAGACCAGCAAAACCAUACUCGAACUAGCUCAGACAAAUUACGUAAAAAUAUAUACAGACAGUAAUGCCAUUGAAACACAAACCUCCCGCGUAUCCAUUGUCGAAAACAAAACUAUAGAAUACAGGAUAGAAGUAACGGGGUCGCAGACACGAUUCACGAGAAAUGAAGUUCCCUCGAGAGUGAGCGGCCGCGCCGGCGUCCGGCAACCGCUCGCCGGCGUCCAGCACUACCCGCUCGCCGGCCCAGGCCCCUCGCGAAGCGGCUCCGACGAUUCCGGCACACUGAGGAUAAUCGACGACGAAUCAGAAACUAAGUCUACAGAGGAAAUUGAACAAUCCGACCUUAGUGACAAUAAUACUUCUAAAUACGAUACGGACUUCACCGAUUCACUCGAAGACAACCGCACUCGGCACGAUGACAACAGCGACGGGAGCGUCCCGAAAUCCGUGGAUCGAGACGUCGAGGAGCUGUACACAAAUCUAGAGAAAAGUUUCGAUUUGCGUUCGUUUGACAGACCUCAGUUUGAUACUCCUCGGUACGGCGCUCUGUCCACUUUGUCCGAAGAAACGAUGAAGGAGAGCUCGGUGUCACGGCGAAACAGUACAAGAACGCAACCGAAAGAAAGCCGAUACAGAAAUAGUGUCACAACGUCUGAGCCGAGGACGAUCCAGCCGUCCGCAGAGGGUGAGAGUAAAGAGCAAUGGAGACUGCCUCCCAUCGGCCGGUGUGAGCGCGGCGGCAGCCCGCGGCGGCGCCCCUACAGCCCCGGCGCCCGAGCGCCGUCCGCGCGCGCCUCGCGCGACCACGCUCGCGCCGACGCCGCCAGUGACCUGGCAGCUGGGGAACACGCCAAUGUUGUUACCAGGAUUGGUAAGAAUAGUCCCGCCGACCCGCACCGCUUACCGUCGCUCGUGGAGCCCGCGCCGGCGCCGGCCAGCCGCGGGGACGGCGCGCCCGCCCCCCGCUACCCGCGCGCCGGCUCGCCCGACACCAUCAGCAUCGGCGGCAAAAUCCAGCAACUCAAGAUGCCACCAGCUCACAAAAAGCGCCUGCUCCACCAGUUCUCGGGCACCUCGAGCCCGUAUAGCCGCAGCUCGUCGCCGGGCAGCGCUCACUCGCGCUGGGGCGGCGCGGGCGCAGACGUGGCGGCGCGCGGCUGCGACGCGCUGUGUGCCGACGUCAUCGCGCGCCUGCGGCAAGCCUGCAGCACUUGCGCGCGGAUGACAUUCGAGCAACACGUGAGCCGGUACGAGAGCAGCGACAGCUGCGGCGCGAAGUGGGCGGCGGCGGUGGAGGUGAUGGAGGACAUCCCGCGGCUGUUCCGCGGUUUCUGGCCCGCCGUGCCCGAGCACCGCCUCGCCGACCUACUGCGACUGGUGACGGCACAAGUGGAGUCUCCGCGAACGCGCGUGGCGCGCACCGCGUGCGCCGCGCUGGCCGCGCUGCUCAGCCACACCGGCUACACCAAGAGGCCGGACUUCGACGAAGCGUUGGCGGCGCUGCUGGGCAAGACGGGCAGCAUGGCGUCGGCGCUACGCCGCGCCGCCAACCUCGCGCUCGACCAGAUAGUCGCCGCCGCCGCCACCGCGCCUGCACUCACCUCGCUCUGCCUCUACGGUGCCAAUCACAAGAGCGGGCUGGUGCGGUGCGCGGCGGCGCGGCUGCUGGUGGUGGCGGCGGCGCUGGCGGCGGGCGGGCGCGGCCUGCUGCGCGCGCGGCCGCGCUCCGCCGCCGACGCGCGCCGCCUGGUGCUGCGCUCGCUGGCCGCGCUGCUGGACGACCGCAGCCAGGACACCAGAAAGUACGCGGAGCGUCUGUACGCGCUGCUGCGGCCGCUGCCGGGCUUCGAGGCGUUCUUCCUGGCGGACGUGGAGGCGCGCGCCGCCUGCCGUCUCAUGAAGAAGCUGGACCCGCCGCUGGCCGCCGCCGCCGCCGCCGCCGCGCCGCGCCGGUGA